AUCCGUCGAUCGAUGGAGAAGUACGAGAAGCUGGAGAAGGUCGGGGAGGGCACGUACGGCAAGGUGUACAAGGCGCGGGUGGCGGGCACGGGCCAGCUGGUGGCGCUCAAGAAGACCCGCCUCGAGAUGGACGAGGAGGGGAUCCCGCCCACGGCGCUCCGCGAGAUCUCCCUCCUCCGCCUCCUCUCCUCCUCCCUCUACGUCGUCCGCCUCCUCUCCGUCGAGCAGGUCACCAAGCCAUGCGGCAAGGCCGUGCUCUACCUCGUCUUCGAGUUCCUCGACACCGACCUCAAGAAGUUCGUCGACGGCUUCCGCAAGGGGCCGUCGCCAAAGCCGCUGCCCACGCAGGUCAUCAAGAGUUUCUUGUACCAGCUAUGCAAAGGAACUGCGCAUUGCCAUGCCCAUGGUGUCCUUCACCGGGAUUUAAAGCCACAAAAUUUGCUGGUGGACAAGGAGAAAGGGUUACUGAAAAUUGCAGACCUUGGGCUAAGUAGAGCUUUUACUGUUCCCAUGAAAAGUUACACCCAUGAGAUUGUGACGCUCUGGUAUAGAGCUCCUGAAGUUUUACUUGGCGCGACACAUUACUCAACUAGUGUUGACAUUUGGUCCAUUGGUUGCAUCUUUGCUGAAAUGGUCAGAAGACAAGCUCUUUUUCCUGGUGACUCGGAGUUGCAACAGCUGCUUCACAUUUUCAGGUUGUUGGGAACUCCUACUGAAGAGCAGUGGCCUGGAGUAUGUUCUCUGAGAGACUGGCACGAAUAUCCACGCUGGCAGGCACAGAGUUUGGCACGUGCUGUUCCAACAUUGGAGCCUGAAGGACUUGACCUGUUAUCGAAAAUGAUUCAGUUUGAUCCAGCAAAUAGGAUCUCAGCUAAAGCCGCCAUGGACCAUUGCUACUUCGACAGCCUUGACAAGUCCCAGUUCUAG